GUUCCCUUUGAAAGAAAAUUCCCCGCAAUUUGCAUCAGGAUGAAUUACUCCAGGUUUGUCCUGCUGACCAUUGUCAUCUCAUUUAUUGAGGAUUCCAUUUCCACCUCCUGUGUUGUUGAUCAAUUCACUGUAAAGAAUGGAUUUGACCAAAAGAGAUAUGCUGGAAAGUGGUAUGCUCUGGCGAAGAAGGACCCUGAGGGGCUCUUCCUUCAGGACAACAUCUCAGCUGAAUACUUUGUGGAUGAUGAAGGAACUAUGACAGCCUCUUCAAAGGGAAGAGUAAAACUUUUUGGGUUCUGGGUGAUCUGCGCAGAUAUGGCAGCUCAGUAUAACGUACCUAAUCCUCAAGAACCAGGAAAAAUGGAAAUGACUUACCAGGGGCUUGCAAGCUACCUGUCCAGUGGAGGUGAUCACUACUGGGUGAUUGACACUGAUUAUGAUAACUAUGCCAUCACAUAUGCCUGCCGUAGACAGAAGGCAGAUGGAACCUGUGAUGAUGGCUAUGCCCUCAUCUUCUCCCGCAACCCACAUGGUCUUCCACCAAACAUCCAGCGCAUCGUUCGCCAGAAACAGGAAGAAAUUUGCCUCUCCGGGCAGUUUGAACCAGUGCUGCAAUCAGGUGCUUGUCCUUAA